GGGGCGGAAAUAUGCCACCAAGCAGCCGAUAACAGAGCUGUAUAGAACUAAAAUAAACCCAGUUGAAUACAGUCCACGGAAUAAUAGCUUGCUCCCAAACAAGUCACGGGUGCAGACUUCUCCACCUCUCAGUUCAAAGCAGCUCUCAUGCCUGUUUAUUUGAUUCCACACAGCUGUAAUUCAAGGUGAGGGAGAGUUUCUUGGCAACUUGAGCAUGCAUUAAGGCGAUGACACUGAGCCAAGUGCACUCUCUGUCUCCUCAUUGGUCCGGUUGAGAGUGUGGGGCGGUAAGGUGUGGCCUCCUGCAGUCAGUGCGCUCACAGCAGAAUAAACAGCCAUAUCCAGAAGGACACCACCGUGCACGACAACUAUCGCGUGUUUUUUUUUUUAGCGUGAAGUCAAAUGAAAAGUUUCUUGAACUUUUUGCAACUCGAGGUUUAGUUUUUGGAAGCCCAAACAAGUUGGAUCUGUGGUGUCCUCAUUCGACUAUAAAUAACGCCAUGGGGAGCGCAGUAUGAGGCCAGUGAGCUGUGGUCUGUCUCACUGAAGCCUUUUCUGCAAACAGGUGGAUUUCGGUUAUUUCAAAUAGGUAUCUGAGGCCUCAGGAUGCCAGCCCCGCCUCCUCCCCCUCCGCCUCCCCUGGCUCCCCCUCCACCGCCUCCGCCCAGCGCUGCCCUGCCACAGUGUCCAUUGGAGCCUCCUAAGCUGCAGUCUGGUGGAGGAGGAGGUGGAAGGAAUGCCCUGUUGGCCGACAUCCAGAAAGGAGCCAGACUGAAGAAAGUCACACAGGUCAACGACCGCAGUGCCCCCAUCGUCGAUAAGCCCAAGGCUAACACUGGGGAUGUAUCCAGCAGUGUUGGUGCUUCUCAGGGCUCAUCAGGAGGGACAGCACCCAUAGGGCCCACUUUGGGUGGGCUCUUUGCUGGAGGGUUCCCGACUCUCAGGCCUAUAGGACAAAGAGACACAGCAGGCAAGACCCCAGUGUCCCGGUCGAGCUCGUCUGCCUCCCUGAAGCCUCAGUGGAACCCGCCCAGUCCAGCAGACUCGAGCAGCGUGUCUGAGCCUCACAGGACGGCGGAGCUCCGAACCUCCGUCCACCGUCCCCUUGCUCCCUCGUCCUCUGCUCCUUCCUCCCCUUCUCACAGCACCAAACACCCGCCUUCUUUCCCCGCUCCCUCUCCCCCUCCGCUGCCACCCGCCCCACCCUCUGCUCCUCCCCCGCCUCCCCCACCCCAAGCCUUCCAGGACCGACCAGUCAACAAGCCUCCGCCUCUCCCUUCUUGCCCUCCUCCUCCACCUCCAUCUCAGGUCACCAAGCCCACCUGGCUCCCCAUCCAGCACUCCUACCACACCACCAUCUCCCAGCCCUCGACUCCUCCCCCUCCUCCUCCUCCUCCACCUUUUCAAUCUCCCUCUGCCAUUCCAGGGGACCGCUUGUCAGGGUGCUUCUACCCUCCUCCCGCAGUCCACUCCGAACCUUCUAGGUUCCCCAUCCUGCGGGACAGCCCACUGGGACCUCCACCCCCUCCUCCUCCCCCUCUCCCAGCUUCUUUUACCCCCAGCUGCCCAUCCACCCUCCCACCUCCACCACCAAAGGUGCCUGCUGUGCCCUCCCCAGCCAUGCGCUCCCUGCCUCCCUCAUACCCCUGCAACGCUCCCACCCGACGUCCACCAGCUGUGCCCAGAAGUGCAGGUGUAGGUCGGCUGGCUCCUCCUCCAGCACCCCCGGCACGUUCCCCCUCUACCGAGCUGUCCAGCCGCAUUCCUCCCCCUCCACCACCUCCUCCACUGCCUCCAUCAAGUCUCAGGAAUGGACACCUGCACAGCCUGGCAGAUGAUUUUGAAUCCAAGUUCCAGUUUCACCCCGUAGAGGACCUGCCCCCUCCCGAUGAGUUCAAGCCUUUCCCUCGGAUCUACCCCAGCAAAGAAAACAGAGUGAACCCAAAACCACCUGGGAUUAGGACACACCUCAGAUGAGUCAAGGCCUCACCCUGUUCUUCGUACCCACACACACAUAUCAGACAGUUAGACUCAGUCGUCCUCCUCCUCAUGACAGCUAAUGACAAUAACAUUACUGUCAUGUGUGUGUCUGCAUGUGUGUGUUGUUUGUGUUCAGGGUGUUUGUGCGUGUGUGUGUAUAUGUGAGUGUCAAACAGGGUCCCGCCUUAUUCUGACUAUGUGACCUCUGACCUUUUCUAGUGUGGAAUGUUUUGAAUGUGUGUGAGGAGGAGGGCUCUCCCUACUCUCAUAAGUAACAUACAGACUGUACACACACACACACACACACACACACCAGGGACAGUAUCCUCCAGCAGCUAUAUUUAACACGACUCGUGACACAGUUUGUAAGCAUUUCAGUAUCUACAUGCAGUAUAGAAUAUUUUGAUUUGAUGUCAAGAUCUACCCCUUUAUUCAGUAGCACUUUUAAAGUCUGUAUUUAAGCCAGAAGCAUUCUUAAACAUUCAGAUGUAAAGCUCCUUUAUACAAACUGUGGCCCAGCGACAACUACUGUACAAGAAGCUCUUUAAAGGGAUAGUUUGGAUUUAUUAAAGUGGGCUUGUAUGAGGUAGAUGAUGGUGAUGCUCAGUUUGGAGAAAUGGGCAGAAGGGCAGGUGUGAAAGCUAAGCAAUGAACUGCUAUGGAAGGAGGCAGCAGCAAAAUCUAUUUAAGUCUCCUACAGAAAGAAAAAAAAUCAAUAUAAUUUUUAUGUAAGCUAUAUUUAGAAUAUUUUGAUUGCUUUGCCUUACCAUCAUACAGGCCUGCCAUUAUAUCCAUCUAUGCUCGCUUUAAAGACACCAGACUCCAUUUGUAAAGUCAGUAAUUUUACCUCACAGAAUGCAGGACUUUCUGGUGUACCACUGCUUUGAUUGGUUAGUUUUUUGUGUUAGAAUGUGACUUUGGUGUAAACCUGUGCUCCCGUGUUCUGGGAGAUAAAAUGACUGAUUAUGUCAAUGGAGUCUGGUGGCUUUGGUGAAAGCAUCAAAACUGUAUGACAUCAAGGUUAAGCUGUGAAAGUAUUCCAAAUAUAGUGUACACUUACUUAUUUUGAGGUGGCUAAAACAUGUUUUCCCCCACCUACAGCAGUACAUUGCUUAGCUUCUGUGGCUCUACUCUUGUAUGUUCCUCCAAACUGGGGGCGAACCAACUGCUUUCUGCUGUAGAGAACACUGACUAUGGAUAACUACCUGAUACAACCCAAAUUAAAUACAUCUGAACUGGAAGACAAGACUAAACAAUCCACUCAAGAUGUCACAUAUUCCAUUUAUUUUGAUUAUUUAAUUACCUGUUUGACCACCUUUAGCAGAUUAUGUAAACCUCAUCCUAAACUCAAUGUGAAAAAAAUUGCAGGACCUGGAUAUUCUAACCUUGGGGAUUCAUGAAUCCUUAUACAUAUAGUGGUGCUCUCCUGUGUUUAUGUAACUAUAUUUUGUAAGUAAUAACUGAAUCUAUAGAAGUUUAGAUGAGGAUAAACUGACAUUUUAGAAUUGUAGGAAUGUUUUUAAGCUACACUGUUAUGAAUAGAUAAUGAAUGAGGUUUAGUGUUUCUUUUCUCACUGAAAUAACCAAUACUAACACCUGUGAAGACAGUGCCACCUGCUGGUUCAAUGUGUAAAGUGUUACAGGGUGUCACCACCAAAUAAACCACAGUAUUUUGUUUAAAACCUUGUCUUUAUU